AUGGGUGUACCUAAAUUCUAUCGAUGGGUAUCCGAGCGAUAUCCUAAUAUUAGCCGAGUGAUUAAUGAUAAUCAGAUACCUGAUUUUGACAAUUUCUACUUGGAUAUGAAUGGAAUAAUUCAUGCAUGCUCACAUGUAAAUGAUGAUAAUUGUGACACAAAUGUAACAGAAGAAGAAAUAUUUCGAAAUAUUUUUCAUUAUAUUGAUUUCCUUUUUCGUAUGAUCAAGCCCAAAAAAGUUUUUUAUAUGGCUGUUGAUGGUGUUGCACCACGAGCUAAGAUGAAUCAACAACGAUCAAGACGAUUUCGAGCUGGUCGAGAUCGAAUGAAAAAGUUAAAAACAUUAUCUGAAAAAACUGGUCAAACAUUAAAAGAAACUAUGGCUAAUCAUUUUGAUACGAAUGCAAUUACGCCUGGAACGACAUUUAUGGCAAAUCUUGAUGAACAACUGAGAUAUUUUAUCAAUGUUAAACUCACUACGGAUCCAUUGUGGGAAGGUGUUGACAUUUAUUUAUCUGGACAUUUGACACCAGGCGAGGGUGAACACAAAGUCAUGGAAUAUAUUCGUUAUGCACGUUCACAACCAGGAUAUGAUGUUAAUACAAGACAUUGUUUAUAUGGACUCGAUGCUGAUUUAAUUAUGCUUGGCUUAGUAACACAUGAAAUGCAUUUUGCACUUUUACGCGAAGAAGUUAAAUAUGGCCCAAAAAAAGUUUCAAAAAUUCUUACGCCAGAAGAAAUCAAUUGGCAUUUGUUACAAUUAUGUUUACUACGUGAUUAUAUCGAUUUAGAAUUUCGUUCAACUAAAGAUAAAUUGAAAUUCCCAUAUGAUAUUGAGUGUAUUGUUGAUGAUUGGAUACUUAUGGGUUAUUUAGUUGGUAAUGAUUUCAUCCCACAUUUGCCUCAUGUUCAUAUCAAUCAAGAUGCCUUACCGCUGCUUUGGGAAACCUAUAAAAAAGUAUUACCAACACUUGAUGGCUAUAUGAAUGAAUCAGGUGAUUUAAAUUUAUCACGUUUUCAAAUUUACUUAACAGAAUUAUCAAAAUACGAUUAUGAUCGAUUUAAAAAAGAUAACGAAUCGUUAGAAAAAUUUGGGUCAACUCCAAAAAAAUUUGAACUUGAUAAAGAUCAAAUUCCUAAUUCAGGUUUUAGUCUUGAAAUUAUGGAAAAAUUAAUGAUAAGAACAUCAAUAGCUCCUAAAAAAGAACCGAAUGGUAGCAAUGAAAAUGAUUCUAAUGGCCAAAUGAUUGAUAGUUUUAUAGCUCUUGAACGAAAACCAUCAAAUGUUUCUUCAUCUUCAUCAUCAGAUGAUGUUCCUCAACGACCAGUCUAUCCGGAUGCUGAUGAUGAUGGCCCAUUAUCGGAUUUUGACCGAGAUAGUGAUAAUGACGAUGAACAUAAGAAGCUUCUAAGAAUGUCAUCAAAAUAUAGUACAAAUGAAAACGAUGAUUGCCGAUCAACGAUCGACAUUACAUUUCGUCAACAUAAAAAUGAAUAUUAUCGUCGUAAAAUGAAAAGUGAAUCAGUAUCAACAGAACAAAUUCAAGCAUAUGUUCAACAAUACAUUGAAGCAUUACAAUGGAUUUUAAAAUAUUAUUAUCAAGGUUGUCCAUCAUGGUCAUGGUUUUAUCCACAUCACUAUGCACCAUACUUAUCAGAUUUAAAUAAUUUUAAACAUUGGCAAUUUACAUUUCAAAGAGGAACACCAUUUAAACCAUUUGAACAACUUUUAGCUGUUCUUCCGCCAACUAGUCGUUAUUUAUUACCAAAUGCUUUACAGCCAUUAAUGAUCGAUUCUGAAAGUCCAUUAUUACAUUUCUAUCCGGAAGAUUUUCAAUUAGAUCAAAAUGAAAAAAAACAAGAUUGGGAAUCUAUUGUUCUAUUACCAUUCAUUGAUGAGCAACUUUUGUUAAAUUCUAUAAGAAAAUAUUAUGCAAAUCUUGAUGCUAAUGAGAAAAGUCGUAAUCAACAUUGCUCAUCAUUAUGUUUCAAAUCGACGCCAACCUUACAUCCGAUCAGUAAUACAUUUGCUAAUAAUCCAUAUUUUCCACCAUUAAGUCAAACGCGUGCAAUUUGUACUGAAUAUUCAAUGGAUUAUUUUCUAUAUGAUGGUUCAACGUUUAAGCAUGGACGAUUUGAUGAAUCUCGUAUGGUGUACUUUCCUAAAUUUCCUGUUCUAAAUGUUUUACCAUAUACAUUUGAUUUUAAACAAGGUGUUGUCGAUAUAUUCGAAUCACGUUCAAAAUCGACAACACUUGUAUUAAAUUUAACUCAUCAACCUGAUACUGAUUGUAUAGCUUAUAAUGAAAAAUGGGAUCCAAAAGAUAAUGAUAGUAGUCAACCAUUUCAAAUAACAAAUCGUCAUUUACUAAUCGAACGUUAUCUUGGUAAACGUGUUUUUGUUAAUUGGCCACAUUUUGAAUAUGGUAUUGUUUGCGCAAUCAGUGAUUUUCGACAUUUUUACACAUGGUCAAAUAUUCCUGGUGGUUCACAUUUUAGUUUUCGACCACUGACAAAUGAUGAUAAUCAAGAUAAUAAAAAUUACAAUCAAACACCAAUUUAUGUAUCACGUUAUCCAUUUGAAAUCAGCGAUGAAAAUAAUAAAUCUAUAUCAAGUAAAACAUAUCCGUUGGAUGCAUCACAAACUCAAUCGGAAUAUACAAAAGCAAUCAAUAUUAAUCGGCGAUAUGAAAACCGACAAGGUGUUAAAAUAGGGCCCAUACCUUUAUUACUUUAUGUAUGUCCAUUAGUUGGUUAUCGUACAAAAUGUUCAUUAACAUCAGAUAAAUGUCAAACGAUAAUGUGUUUUUCAAAUCAAGCUGUAGCUUAUCCAUUACAAACAACUUUACUUACAUUAAAAAAUUAUAAAUAUAAUUUAUUUCAAUUUCCUGAAACAAUUCAUGAUUAUUUUAAGCUCAAUGAUCCAAUUUUUACGCUUCAGACACCUUAUUACUCAUGUAUGGGUUAUGUACAACAGAUAGUUAAAAAUAACAAUGAAAAAUAUAUGAUUGAAUGUCGUAUGGAACCAUCCGAUAUAACAAAUCAACCUGAUAUACAUGCGUCAUUGAAUCGACUUAGCCGUUUACAACUACAAUAUUGGACAGCACAAGAAAUUGCUCAGUAUCUACAAACAAUGCCCUAUGUUAUAUCAAAAUUAACAGGCACAAUUAUUGUAACUACUGGAACAGGACGACGUGACAAUGUAAAUCGAAUUAAUGUAGGAUUUUCAUGGAAAGCAAAUAAACCUGUUAAACAACUUUAUGGUUAUACGAAAAAAGAAGAACAAGUAUGGCUAUAUUCCGAUGCAGCAGUACUCAUCAUUUCUGAUUAUAUGUUACAAUUUCCUGAAAUUAUUGCAGAAUUGAUAAGAAAACCGAAAGAUGAUUCAUAUCCAGAAUUAAAUAUUUGGCCAAUAAGAAAAGGGAAAUCUCGACUACAAGAUGCUCGUACUUGGAUUAAAAAUCUGCCAACAUAUUCCAUAUCACUAAUGGAUGGUGCUUGGCAAGUACUUGAUGCACCUGUUAUUAAAGAAAUUGAUCGAAUAACAAAAUUAUUCUAUACAAAACAUUCAAUAAAAAGUUCUAAUGAAAAAACUAAAUUAAUAUCACUUGAAGUCAACCGUAUAUUUAAACCAAGUGAAUCCUGUGGUAUGUGUGAUUCUGACAUUGAAACUCGUUAUGAUCUCUAUGAUCGUGUUAUUACUGUUCGUCUCGGCACUGGUGUGCCGAUUGGUACACGUGGUACAAUCAUUGGUGUUAUGCUUGGUCAAACACAUCUAGAUACGUACUAUGAAGUUUUAUUUGACCAUUUACCAAAGAAUAGUCUUGAUGCUAUUCUAUUGGGCAGAAAUAAUCAGCAAUGCCGAAUUAAAGUUCGUUCUUAUCAUUUACUUAAUUAUUCUCAUUCGCUUCGUACUCGUUCAAUAACUAAUUAUCAACAACAACGAUCAGCACCAGGUGAAAGCAUUUGGGACAAACGAUCAUCAGAACAAUCAUCGACACCUCGACAAACUCAAGGUCAGCAGCAGCAGCAACAACAACAACAACAACAACAACAACAACAACAACAACAACAGCAGCAGCAGCAGCAGCAAACACCAACUCGAAUUCUUAAACGAACUACGAAUGAUAAUACUCCAACAACAACAAAAUCUGCGCCAAUAACAGCAUCUACACAAGAGAAACCUAAUUUUAUUGAAACAACAACUACUCCUAUUCAAGAGCAAGAAACAAAAAGAAAUCCUGCAUCGUCAACAUCGACAGAAAAAUCGACAUUGCCUCAAGCAACAGCAACGAAUUCAUCAUUAGCAUUACAAAGUCAAACGAAUUCUGUGUUACAACCACCAUCCGUUGAAAAGCUUCCAAAACCAGAAGUUAGUUUUUCAUCAAAAAAUACAGCCUUGCCAAUCGUCAGUGACGCAAGAGUAUCUGUACCAAUCUCGUCUACUAAUCCACAGAUAGAUUCCUUACUAUCACGUGCCAUUCAAGCAUCAAAACAAAUGCCAAAUCCACUAGAACAGAAGCAGAAUACUCAAUCAAAUAUAGUUCAGCAGCAAGUAUCGGAUGCAAUACCACCACUAAUAGUACAACAAAAAUCUAAUGAUCUGUCUUCAUUUAUUCAACAAGCGUCUAGAACCAUUCCAACAACGUCAAUGUCAAACCAACAGCAACAACAAUCUGGUGAUAUCUUUAUGAUGCAUCAACAAAUAUGGGACACACCACCACGACAAGCAGUGCCAAAUACAAUCUUUGCUCAAGCAAUUGAAAGUAUGUCACGUGCACCGCCAUCGCCAUUAUUAUCUUCUCAAAUUGAACAACAAUCUCCAAUAUACAACCCAUUACAAUCGCAAUCAAUACAGCAACAACAAGGACCUCUGUCCAUUCUGCAACGUGCAAUUCAGCAAUCUGAACAACAAUUUAACAUGAAUCUAACACCUCCAACAAUAUCAAAUGAAUUACCUGCUUUACCAGUUUUUCAACCAUUUGAUUUAAUUCCUCCAAAUACAUAUCCUGGUUUUCCUAUUGGACCGGUAAGCAAUCCAGUUCCAAUGCAACAACAACAAUCACCAGCACAAUCGAACAACAUUCGUAUGGGAUCACCUCAUAUAAUAUCUAGUCCUAAUGUAUCUCAUAAUUCUUCGCCAUCACAACCCCAAACACCGCAACAAAUAAGUUCACCUCGUAUGUCAGGUGGAUCGACUCUUCAGUUCGUUCCAUCACAAGUCUUACGUAAUAUGUCUAAAAAUCACAAAUAA